GCCACUCACAGACACACAUACACACACACCCCUGCACUAUGCGCAUCCUCCAAGGACACACCCCAUUUGAGAAGACUUUCCCCCACUCCUCAACUCUACUCCUUCAUUUGUGGAGUUUUCCAACCAGGGUUCACUGCAGAAUCCACUGAUUUGAGACAUCAUGACUGAAGAAACAACCGGAGGCAAUCCCACUAGACAGUCUGAUCCAAACAAAGUGGACACCGAUGAGGGGGGUCCGGCCAGGGGCAAGUGGGCCAAUAAAUGGGAGUUUAUGCUCUCCAUGACUGGAGAGAUCGUCGGCCUGGGAAACGUGUGGAGAUUCCCUUUUUUAUGUUACAAGCAUGGUGGAGGAGUCUUCCUCAUCCCAUAUUUCCUGUUCCUGGCCUUUGGCGGUAUCCCCAUUUUUUUUCUGGAGACGGCGCUGGGUCAGUACACCAGCCAAAGCACCGUCACUGCCUGGAGAAAGAUUUGCCCGAUGUUUCAGGGCGUGGGGGUCGCCUCGCUCAUCAUCGUCAUCUACGCCAACAUCUACUACAUUGUGGUGCUAGCCUGGGUCCUCUUCUACCUCUUCAACUCCUUCCAACAUCAGCUACCUUGGUCCACAUGUGAUAACUGGUGGAACACCGAAAACUGUCACGAUCGCUUAAGCGCCUACGCCAACCCGCAUCUGUUCCACCCAAACGCCAACUGGUCCUUCCUCACCAACAUCAGCACCUACGACUACUUUGAAAACGCCACUGACAUAUCCCUGAAUGAAUCCUUCCUGAUGUUGAAGUCCGCUGAGGAGGAAUUCUGGACCAAUCGGGUGUUGAGGAUGUCCGAGUUUAUGUCCCUCGGCAAGGUGCACUGGGAUCUGGCGCUUUGCCUGCUGCUGGCCUGGGCCAUAUGCUACUUCUGUAUUUGGAAGGGGAUUAAAUCCAUGGGAAAGGUGGUGUACUUCACGGCGACCUUCCCAUACCUGUUGCUCAUCAUCCUCUUCAUCCGAGGAGUGUCGCUGCCCGGUGCCGGCGAAGGCCUGAAAUACUACCUCUUGCCCGACAUCAGCAAGAUGUGCAACCUUGAAAUUUGGCUGGACGCGGGGAGACAGGUGUUUUUCUCCUACGCCGUCAGCCAAGGAGUCCUGACUUCCCUAGGAAGCUACAACAAGUACAACAACAAUUGCUACAGAGACUGCUUGGCGCUGUGCCUUCUGAACAGCGUCACCAGUAUCUUCACCGGCUUUGUGGUGUUCUCCAUGCUGGGCUUCAUGGCGUUGAACUUGGAUGUGCCCAUGGAGGACCUCAUUGAUAGCGGUCCAACGUUGGCCUUCAUUGCCUACCCUAGAGCACUCUCAAUGCUACCCGGCUCCACUUUUUGGACCGUGGUCUUCUUCUUUAUGAUGCUUCUCCUGGGUCUGGACACACAGUUUGUGCGCGUGGAGAGUUUAGCAACGGCCAUCAGCGACCUGUUCCCAAAACGUAUGAGGAGACCCUACGCUCGGGAGAUUCUGGUUCUGGUGAUUGUGGUGGUCUGCUUCCUGCUGGGCCUGCCCCUCGUCACAGAGGGAGGAAUCAUGCUCUUCCACGUAAUUGAUAGCUUCGGGUCGAGCGGCACCAGCCUGCUUAUCAUCGCCAUCUUUGAGAGCAUCGUCAUUGGCUGGGUGUAUGGCGCCGAUCGUUUUUUGGACAACAUUGAGGACAUGAUCGGGUACCGUCCGUUUCCCGUGCUCAAGUACUGCUGGUUGUUCGUCACGCCGCUGCUCUGCUUGGCUACCAUGCUGUUCGACCUGGUCCAGACGCACUCGCUGAUGGUGUAUGACUACCAGCUGGGCAGGUGGGGCUUGGCCAUUGGGCCACUGCUCAUCCUCCUGCCGCUCAUCUGCAUACCGGUGUUCAUCCUUGUCUCGUUGGCCAAGACUCUCCAGAACAUGGCGACGUCAUCUGACGAUUUGCGCCAGGCCCGACCUCACAAUCCCGCCCUGACCUUGUGCGGCUUCGUCGUCCGGGGGCCUGCCCGAGCCAGGCUGCCGAGAGAAGGCAUUAAGUCGGAAGUCACCGGUGUUUAAAGGCCGGCUGACAUCAUCUUGUGUGUUUACAGUUCAAGCAGGUAUUCAGGGACCUAUUAAUUGACUUAUUUCUUAUCUUACAUCGUUUACAUAUCCUGAAUCAUGAACAUAUUGUAGCCACCAUUUUGAUAGGGACUCGCGAAAUCCAACAAGAAACUAGACCCCCACCACUAAACUAUGAAGGCGGCAAAUGUCCUAAAAUCCAGCCACUAUCAAUCCACAUUAGUUUCAUUGGACAUUAUCAGUUGGUGGCGGUAAUCCGCCAUGACGAUGGUUUGCCAACAGCCAAUAAGACUCGCAGAAGAAGAACGAGGUUGGACCAAAUUAGAUACUAAUUAGAUACAGUUGUGGUUUGUGCUCAUAUAUUCCACAUUUAAUCAUUAUGUGGUGGGCAAAUAUUAUGACUGUUAACUACAAUACUGUUAUACAAUACGGUACCACUCUGGUUCACGGUGGCAAAGCACUACUUUUGUUUGGAUGAAGCUCCUCAAUUCACUUCUACCUAGUUCCAUGGCACCAAAAUUGUGCCAAAUCAUUCUUUUCAUUUUUGGUCAGAGUUUUUUUGUUUUAAUAAUGAAGGAUAGUUUCUAAAGACAUUUUUUAAAUGUUAGCAUGGCGCGAAAUAAUUACCCCAUGAGGUACGUGAGUAUUUAGGUUUUUUUAAUCUCGUGUAGACACCAAUUUAUUAUACUGUCUUUUAUAUAUGUAUUAUAAACAUAUAUAAUGCUUCCAACAUAUAACUUUCAGCACUUCUGUCAUGUCCAUAUUCUGUAUAACAUACGUUAACUGUAUAUAACAUGUAACAUAACACAUCUGACCACAUUCUUUUGUAUUGAAUGUGAGUGUGUAUGCGUGUGUGUGUGUACGGCCAAAGUCAGUCAUGUGUGUGUGAUGUGAAGCGGCAUUUGAUGAACAGAUGAUUCUGUUUGUUUGGUUGUACAAAUGCUGGCUUGCAUUACGUAUACAUGUGUUUGUAUUUUGUGGUCAACUGUAUGAACUUUUUGAUUAUUCCAAUAAAUAACGUGAUUAUCA